AUGGUGCACUCAUCGAAUCCGCGAUUAAUGAAUCGGGUCCUCGACGCAGUGGCACAUCUCUGCGAUGGGAAAGGAUCCAGGGCUCGAGAAGUUAUCGACUUCCUCCGGCAAACUUCUAAGAGUCCGCCGAGGAACUUGACGAUGCAGGUUCACCGGGCGCUGAAGCACGCGGUGAGUGCGGGAUUGCUGCGGCAUAGAAGCGGUCGUUACAAGGCGCUGUUCACGUUAAAUCCGGCCCCGGUUAAACAGUCGGCGAUCGAGGAAAAAAAUGAAACAUCGAUCGACGCGGCAGGCUUGUUCACUGGGAAGCAAACGACUCCGAAGACGAAAACCGACGACGAUGACAUCGAACUGGCAGACGAUGACGCGGAGGAUCAUGGAAGGCAUCGUCGCGAGAGGAAACGGAAACGUAGCCGAAGCCGUAACCGUCCGGGGAGACGCAAAGGGCGCAGUGGAUCCAGGAAGCCCAACAACACUUUCAAGCAAAGGAGUCGCAAGAAGAAGAAGAAGGAAAAGGGUGAAAGUUCGCGUACCGUGAAAGAUAAGAUCUCGAACAGCAGGCUGGCCAUGGGUAUCGGACAUGCCUCGAAAUCGACCAAACGGAAAAGGAAUAGUGGGAAGUUCAGGGAUGAUCAGAGCUACUAUAGCGAUCCGUCGGAAAGCGACUAUGAGAGUAGGAAAACUAAAGUAAGAAGGAAAACGCCGGCUUAUCAAGAAUCGAAGCACAAUGGAGGCGAAAAACCCAGUAGGAGGUCGACUUCGCGGUCUCGAAGCUCUCAAAGGCAACCGGUCCAGCAGCUGCAUCUAAAAUAUAGCUACGAUGACGUGACAUCGGACAAGCAGAAUGCAGACGAUGAAAGUAGAAACGAUGGUACUCAUCAGGACGAGGAGAAACGUCAAGAACCGAACGAUAGUGGCAGUGGUAGCUCGUUGUAACAUUUUAUUUUGUAUACAUUUUAUUGAAAAUUUAUUUUCAAUGCGCAUUUGU